AUUUGUCAUUUCAAGAAGCUGUAAGCUUCUCAUUUCUAUUGUUCAACCUAUUAUAGAUAUACCUUUGCUGCGAACACCACUGGAACCAGAAUCCCGUCCACCAUCAAUUCUGAAAUCCACGUGAUCUACACAUAUAACCAGCCAUAUUCAGAAGUAUCUUCAACAUGACUUCACUUGUGCGGACGAUUGGCAUUUCCCAUCCGGAGCUUCCAGUGGCUGCUUUGAAGAUGGUGGCGACUUAUUUGCGAACUUCUUCGCGUUUGCCGCUUGCUUCCAAUUCUUUGCAUUUAUCCAGACAUUUUCACAAAUCCAUCUCAUCGCCACAGAUAGGGAUCAAGGCAGUGGGACUUUUCCAAGCAAGACAAUUCUCUACACGAUCAGUAAUGUACCAGAGUAUUUCUAAUACGACUCAGUAUAGUCAAAGAAGUAUAGGGACGAAGAUCGUUACCAGAAAGGCAGAACUUGAUUGUUUCACGGAUCCUAAGUUCAUCUCGAGGGCUUCUAAUAUCAACAUAGGCAAGUCUACAUCUACACUAUUAGCUGUUAAAGCAGUGGAAACGCAGUCUAACACUGCUAUACAAGCAGGUAGCAAGGCUGCCAGUAUUGUCAAAACAAGUGGUAUUACCAAAGCAGCUUUACUCUCUCAGGCUAGCAACUCCUUUUCAAGAUUAUUGAUUCAUGUCAAAUGGCCCCUAAUCAGAAACAGCUCAAACACCACUACGCUUGACUUGGUGUCUGCUUUUAUAUCGUGGAUGGUGAUGGGCAAUUUGCUUUGGAUCAUCUUGGGAACGACUACAUUUGGCUUGAUGGCCAUGUACUCCAUCCACUACUUUGACCAUUUAUGGGACAGUAUUAGCUUGUUUCAGGAUAAUGAGCAGGAUGGCGAUGACAUGGAUGAUCAGAAAAAGGAUUCAAGCAUUUUGGGCUACAUAACCAGCUCUAUUUUGGCGUACGGAUUGGGCGUUAGAAUCCAGUUUCAGAAGGGAAGUAUUUUGCCCGAACUAAAGGAUGGUAAGUUGAGAUUCAAGAACUUCAAGAUCUUCUCAGCAGAAAACAAUAAUCGUAGUGAAAGUGAAGACGAUACCGUUGGAUCCAUCACAAAAUUCACCGCAAAUGUGGAGGCUAUAGAGGUGACGCUUUCAUUCAACAAAUGGUAUGAAGGCAAUGGCCUAAUUUAUGAUCUUGAGAUCUUCGGAAUGAAUGGAAAAGUCUACAAGAACCAAGUGGUUGAAAACAAGUCUCAUCUUGACGAGGCAUUAACUUACUCUCUUAACAGACACAACGACAACAUACAUUUUCAAUACGAUUUGCAAGAUCACGAUAUAGAAGAGUUAGAUUCCGUCAGAAAUGCCCAAAUUUCCAAAAACACGUUCAUGGAUUCGAUGUAUCAAUUAGAGCAUGUCAAGAUUCACGAUUCUUAUUUUGAGGUAUACAACAACGACUCAACAGAGACGCCUUUGCGUAUUUCUCUUUUCAGCUGUGACUUGCCUAGAUUGAGAGGUGACAAAUUGUUGAUUGACUUUUUCAAUGCCAACAAUGCCAGCGGAGCCUUGAACGAUUCUAUGUUCACCAUUCAUAAGCGUAAGGAAAUCGAUCACUAUUCUCUCACCAAGGAUGAAGGCAACAAGAUUGUAAGAUUUAAGCUUGAUGGCAUAGAUAUGGGUUCGAUUUCCAGGGCCAAUCCUCAUCUGAAACUCAACUGGAUUGUAAAUGGCAAAGCUGAGAUUAUGGCAGAUAUAAAGUUACCAGACUUGAGUGAUAGCGAGUUCCAGUUGAGUCAAGAAUACAAGCGUGUAAGCAACGUAGUCUCUGACAUGUUUAACGAGUUGGUGAAUGUUACAAAGCCGACAGAUGACAAAGAAGUAGAUAUCGAAGGCAAUAGUGCCACAUUGUUGAAGGGUGCUAUUGCUGCUAUCUAUCACACUUUCACUAAACCCCAACAUGAUGAUAAUGAAGAAGUCAGAUCGGAGUAUGUUCUCGUGAAUGUGAAAGUUAAAUUCUACGAUUUGAAGGCAAGUUUACCCAAGCAUUUGCCUAUGGCUUCAUCAUCUGCUACUCCGUUUGUAUCGUUGCAAGACUUGAGACAGCUCAUUGGCUUUGUCAACAAUACGAACGAAGAAAAUGCUAGCUCUUCUACAUUCUCACGUAACAAUCCACUAAUUAUAAAGACAACUGUCAUUGAAAAGUUGUCGCAUUUAUACAACACAGAAGAUUUGAGCAAGACGGCUAUUUUCGACUCGAUUGUUGGAGAUAUCUACGAAGAUUUAAUGAAGUUGGCCAAACAGGAUGAGAAGAGAAUUAUCCACGAAAAAUCGUCCAUGUGGUCUCAUUCCUUGGCCAGUCAGUUGUUGUUGCUAGGCUUGGGAGCCAUGGUGUAAAAAUGUCUACAAAGACACUAGAAAAGAUGUUCAUGCAUAUUUAUCGGAUUUUAUAUAUUUAUUUAACUAUUUAUUAUUGUACAUACGGGUCAUUUCAUUCA